CCCCCGCGAAACCACCAACUAGACGAGGAGCAGGACUUGGCGGCUGCAAUGGGCGUCGAAUUGCCACGUCCAAGACUUCCUUAGCCUGUUUAUUGCUUGUUUUUUUCGGGAGAGAGAAUGGCUGAGGAAGCCGGCUGGGCGUCGGUGCUCGGUACGUUUGCCUGCCAUGCGAUGCUCUGGUGUACUCUUUCUUUCGAUGGAAUGCAUUGCAAUCCCCAGCUUGGAACCCUUUGACACCUGCAUUAAAUUCAACUCCUGCCGGACUGGUACAGAAUCACAAGCCGAGUCCGGACUUCCGGUGGUGGCCGGAUAUGGCCUCGGGCAAUUGUCGGGACUCUCAGCGCCCGACGGAGACGAUCGGUACAGAGUUAGUCUAGGCCAGGUUGCAGGUGGAGCAGCCAAUAUCGAGCAGACUCGGCGCCUCGAAAGGGGACUCGGUGUGGCCCCGAUGCCGAGACAGCGCGGUGUCUGCCUGUUCCGAAUGAAGAGACAGGCCGAGUUUACGAGACCGACACUUGAAUACGAACAGAGCCCUCAACCGUGGGCUGCUUUUGUCAAGAUAUGGAUGGUAAAUUGCAGCCAAGGAACACUUUCCGGGUGGCUUUCGGAGGAUUGUCGGAGGGGGCUAUAAUAUAACUGUCAUAAUAGGCUAAGGAAAGCUCUGAAAAUCUCCUCUAUUGGGAGGCUGAUAUCCAGGCUUACCAGUGCUAGUACCUCGGAGCGAAUGCUUAGUCCUUAGCGGUACACUAUGAAGGAAGAGGAUCGGAUUGUAACCAAGGCUUAGAAGGCGCGAAGGAAACAGUCCUGCUGGUAACAGUAUUCUGGCGAACAAAGCGAACACAGGAAAGAAAAAUAACUGAAAUGAGGACAGUAACGACAAGUAGGGCUGUAUCUAAUCUAACGCAGUG